CUUUAUAAACGCUGAGACUCAAAACUGAAUGGUCAUUCACUCCGAAACUGCUCAAGAUGGCGGGCAGCUGCAGAUUGCCAAUUGUCGCUCUUCUUCUGUUGGGUCAUUGUCUGAUUGCUUCUGCCAGAUCUAGAUCUGCAGGUUAUGACUGGAAGCGUACAGACGGCGCCCUGAAGCACGUGUCCGUGGGAGCAGCAGGCGUGUGGGGAGUGAACAAACACGGGAUGAUUUACUACCGCGUCGGGACCUACGGUGAUGAGAACUCCGUGGGCAGCAGGUGGCAGAGUGUCGCUGGUAGGCUAACGCACAUCAGCGUGGGACGCGACGUCGUUUGGGGCGUGAGCGCUGACGACAACAUCUACAGGAGGACGGGCAUCAGCAUGCAGAAUCCUACAGGAACUGGCUGGGUGAGAGUUAGUGGGAAGCUGAGGGUGGUUGAUGUCAGCUCAACUAGCAACGCCGUCUGGGGAGUCACCAGCAGGCAACGGAUUUAUAGAUGGACAGGUUCAACCUGGACACUUAUCCCUGGGAGGUUGUCCUUUGUUUCCGUGGGACUCUCCGGCGUCUGGGGCGUCAACAGCGCUGGGUACAUCUACUACCGGGUGGGCACGGCCUAUAACGAAAACUCUGCUGGGACCGAUUGGAAACAAGUUCCGGGAGCCUUGGCUAAGAUCAGCGUGGGGAACGGAAUCGUCUGGGGGGUAAACAAAAUUGGCGCAAUAUACUACCGAGAAGGCAUCACCCGAGAUAACCCGACCGGAACCAGGUGGGUGGGGGAUUCUCGUGGGCUUACAACCUUGGACGUCAGCUCCAGCUCAAACCAGGUCUGGGGAGUCAAAAGGGAGGGUGCUAUCUAUAAGAAGAUGGGCAUCAUCUCCGCUUCCAAGCGUACGGUUGAGGCGGGGGAGACCCUGCAAGACUUACGCGACGUCUUGCUGGAUUUGAAGGAGGCAGCCGAGAUCGAGCAGGAGACCAGGGAGCUGGAAGACAUGGAAGAAGACGCCGAAAAGGAACUGAGAGAGCUGGAAGACAUGGGAGAAGACGCCGAUAUUGAAGAAGACCCCGAAGAAGAAAUGAGGGAGCUGGAAGACAUGGAGGAAGACGCCGGCUUAGAAGACACCGAAAAGGAAGUGAGGGAGCUGGAAGACAUAGAAGAAGACGCCGGCAUGGCUGAAGAUGACGAGUGAAAGUCAUCCAAACGCGCCUCAACUCUCAAGCGACUAUCCUAUAACUAGAAAUAAGCUUAUCGGAACUGGUCAUUUAUGACUCCACACAACUUCUUGUUAUCCCCGUCAUUAAGAAAAUAAACAACUGACAGAACAACUCAUGUGAAACAGCAAAACGUUUAAAGAAGAGCAAGUCGACAGUAAUUCAAUGUUUAAAACAUCGCUUUAUCGCUUGAGGGAUAUUGUAGGUGCCAUUUUGGAUUUGAAAAUGGAGCACAGAAGACGAGACAAACUAGAAUUACAUGUUUCUUACCUAAUGAGAUUUAGUUAUGGGGUCCAAGUAGCAAAGUUUUGAGAGAAGUUUGAUUUACAUGUUUCUAACCUAAUGAGAUUUAAAUAUGGUGUCCAAGUAGCAGAGAGUUGAGAGAAGAUUUAAUUACAAGAUUCUAACUAGUUGGAUUAAGUUAUGGGCUUCAAGUAGCAAAGUUGUGAGAGAAGAUUUAAUUACAAGAUUCUAAUCUGGUGGGAUCGGGAUUAAGUUAUUGGCUUCAAGUAGCAGAAUUUUGAAAAAUGUUUGAAUUGAAGGUUUCUAACCUGGUUGGAUUUAGUUAUGUGGUUCAACUAACAAGUCUUUUUAGGGAAUUAGGUGUUACAGGUACACACGCACGCACAUACACACACGAGCGCUCUCAUCACAUGCACAUUUAUAUGAUUUUACACAUAUUACAAAAAAUCAACUGUACGCCAAUGAUCUCAAAGUCACAGAACACCUUUUUUUUCAUCGAUUUGUAACGAAGUUAAAGUUCUUUUAUGUUCUCAGCUCAUGUGCCUCAAAACAACCUUCCAACCAAGUUUCUUACAGCUUAUGGAAUUCUAUUGAUUAUACAUUUUGUGGAAUGAUAAUAAAGUUGGUGUUCGGUUUAAA